UGUCAGGGGCCUGACUUCCUGGGACCCUGGGUGAUGGGUUCCCCUGGGAGCCCCUCUUUGGCCAGUGGCAAUGGGCAGGUUGGAGAAGGCCACCUCUUAGGUGGCUUCCAGCGCCCACACUCAGUUCUGCUUUAUUACUGUCUAAAGUCCACGCCAGGCCCCAGCCCCUCUUCCUGGAAGCUCCUUCUCAGCCAAACCUGCCUGUGUCCUCCCACUGACCCUUAAAGCCCCCAUCAGGGACCACAGGCAUCAGCCUCCACCUGCCUGUCCAGUCUUGCUACCUCCCCAUACUCAGGUGAGUCAGGGCCAUCUGGGCUGCCUCUGGUUGGAGGGACCCCCACUGAGGGCCUGGGGGCCCAUCCCCACCAGGCCCACCUUCAAACAACGCCCAGGGCAAGCCUCUCAGGAAAACCACAAGGCUUUCGUGCUUUUGACGACUUCAUUAUAAUUUUAUCAAUCAAAUUCUUAGAAGAGGGAAAAAAAUCUGCCCUCCCCACUCUCCUCCCUCACUUGUCCCACCCCCCUUCACUCUCACUUUCUUCCAUUCAUAAUUUCCUAUGAUGCACCUCAAACAACUUCCUGGACCGGGGAUCCCGGCUAAAUAUAGCUGUUUCUCUGUCUUACAACACAGGCUCCAGUAUAUAAAUCAGGCAAAUUCCCCAUCUGAGCAUGAACCUCUGAAAACAGCCGGCAUCUCAGGUCUCCUCCAAGGCCCUCUGCAGUUCAGUCCAUAAUGAAGGUCUUGGCAGCAGGUAAAUCCACCCGGCCCGCGCCGGCUUCCGCGUCCCCGCGUCGGGCGCGGCGGAGCUUGGGGCGCUGGGCGAGCACCCGCGGGCCGCCUCCCGCCGCAGACGCUCGGACACUUGGGGCGCCCGCGCAGCCCGCCAGGCCCGCCGGAGGCGCUGGGAGGCGACACAUGGUCCGGGCUCCGCGCGCCCAGCCCUCCGGGCGGCAGGUUGGCGCUGAGCACGGCCCGGACAGCCUCCCUCCUCGCCCCACCGUCCUCCUGCGCUGCUCUUGUCUGUCUGCUUUCUCCAGGAUUCACUCUCCCUCUUCUUUUUCUUUCUUUCUUUCCGCUUUCUCUUUUCCAACUGCGUCCCGGGCUGCUCCCUGGGAGGGGCGCGGGCGGCCGAGCAGCUUGCAAACUCCGGCUCGGGACGGGAGCAGGUGCUGCCUCCAGCUGCUAGCGCCUGGGAAGCGUGAGGUCUGCGCUAGGAGUCAUGCCCCUGCUGCUGGUUCUGCACUGGAAACAUGGGGCAGGAAGCCCCCUUCCCAUCACCCCUGUCAACGCCACCUGUGCCACACGCCACCCAUGUCCCAGCAACGUCAUGAGCCAGAUCAGGAACCAACUGGCACAGCUCAACAGCAGCGCCAAUGCCCUCUUUAUUCUCUAUUACACAGCCCAGGGGGAACCAUUCCCCAACAACCUGGACAAACUUUGUGCUCCCAAUGUGACGGACUUCCCACCUUUCCACGCCAAUGGCACAGAGAAGGUCAAGCUGGUGGAGCUGUACCGCAUCAUUGCCUACCUUGGCGCUGCCUUGGGCAACAUCACUCACGACCAGAAGCUCCUGAACCCCAAUGCGCUCAGCCUUCAUAGCAAGCUCAGUGUCACUGCAGAUGUUAUGCGGGGGCUCCUCAGCAACGUGCACUGCCGUCUGUGCAACAAGUACCAUGUGGCACAUGUGGACGUGACCUACGGCCCUGACACUUCAGACAAGGAUGUCUUCCAGAAGAAGAAGCUGGGAUGUCAGCUCUUGGGGAAGUACAAGCAGGUCAUUGGUGUAGUGACUCAGGCCUUCUAGACAGGAACUCUUGAAGUGCGUCGCAGACUGAGGGAUCUCCGGAGCAGGAUCCAGAUUGGGGGAUUCUCAAAAUGUGGCUGGGGCCCAGGACAUCAUUUAUGCCAAAUGGGGGCUGCUGGCAGGCCCCAAGGGGUUCCUAGCAUGUCAGAGCCGCUAUACAGCACUGACCCGAAGAGGAGCCCUUCCGGUAACCAGGGUGUCACACUGGGGAGGGAAGUGUAGGCAGCGUUUCUGCUCCCACUUGUCCCCUCAGCCCUUGCUCAAACCGCACAAGUUAUCUAUAGCAGCCCUGAUCAUAGGGCAAGUCAGUGAGGGUCAGGGGCUCGCCGGCUCCCAGUGGAAUGACUGCCGUUUGUGCCUUUGCUUUUCCUAGACUUUGGAAAGCCUAGAUGGGAUGUGGGCAGGCCAGAGAGGCAGGGGUCCAGAAGAACUCCUUGUCCCUUAGAAAUUUAGUGGGUAGAAGAUAGAGAAGGGGUGGGAUGCUGUGUUCUUUUGAACAUGAUCAGAAAGCUUAGGCCCAGGUAUUGUUGGGUAGACUGUCAUUGGUGUUGAGGCUCUCAAGGAGGCAGGGAGGCCACCUUCAAGCCUAGGAAGGCAGAUGCUAGAAGGAAGAGAGGCCCUGAAGCCUUGUUCCUCUUCCUCUUCUCUGCACUCUUUUCCUACAGCCUGGCAUGGCCAGGAUCUGGUAGCUGGAUCUGGAAUAGGGUACACGGAGGUGGGUAGGGGCAAGUUGCAGAGACAAAUAAGGAACUUAGAGGGGACCCAGAAUUUUCCUCUUGGGGACAGAAGGGUACAGGUGGCUCUGAAUAGCAGCUCAUGUUGGAGGCCUGUGGAGGCCCUGUGAAGUCACACAAAGGUACUUGAGGGGGACCAGAGACUUUCUUGGGUCCCUAGAGCAAGGGGUCACAGAACUUGAGGUCAGGGUCUCAGAGAAGCCUGAGAUCCAAGAGUGCUGUGUGUCUGGCCCAGCACAAUUAUCUAUUUAUUAUGAUGUCCUAUUUAUGUUAACUUAUUGGUGCUUUAAAUGGUAAAGUUAAUCCCUUCCCCUGCUCCCUACCUAGCAGGGAACCAGAGCUGAACCUCUUUGCAGGGCCUGGUCUAUUACAGGUGGAAUUAGCCUUAUGGAUGAAGCUCAGAGAAGGGUCAGGGUUGGAGAGAUCUGGCUAGCGUCCCUGUUCCCCUCCCUCUGAGUUUGCUUUGGAGGUGUCAGGAAUAGGCAGCAGGGGCUGGACCAGUUUGUAUGUGAGGGCUUUGUUUUCUUCCAGGCUUUAGGACACUCUUUCCCACUGUGCUCUCCAGCACCCCUAGAAUUGUGCUGUGUUGUUACCAUUCACUAUGCAAAUGAAUGGCACUGGGCAGUGGGCAAGGUUGCUCCCUUGUCUUCCCCAGUGAAGGGUCUUUGUCACAUAAUGGGAAUGAGCCUGACCCAACACCUGGCAUACUCUUGCAUGGUGGGGAGGCUCCUUGGGUGGCUUGAACACUCACCGAGCAAGUGCACAGGAUGUUGGGGCAGUGUAUGGACUGAGCAGCUGCUCCGGUGCUCUGGAGCAGGGAAAGUGAGACCUGAGAUGCUUGGGACACAGACCAGGAAGCUGUGGUUCCUGCCACCCCGCCUCCUUCCCAUUCCCACCCAUGUCUGGGUUCUCGGGCAUGGAACUCGAUCUGCUCUCUUCCUAUAUGUUGGGGCCAGGUGAGCAGAGAAACACUCUUGGGCCUGGGAGCAAGAGAGGAAGAGAGGCAGCCAAGCUGGGGCAGCUGCUGAGAGCAGCAUUCUGGCUGCUUCUCAAGCCCUGAGCAGGCAGCAGCCCAGCCACAAAAUCACGGUACUGAUGAUUGUACUUCACACUCACUUUGCACCUUUCUCUCUUAUUCUCUAAGCACUUUACCGGGAUGGCAGGUGGGCACCAGUGGGCCGCCUGAGGUCUGGGACAGGGAGGUUAGGAGUGUAUCCCAAUGGUGUGACUAAGAUGUGGCAUGUGUAGCAGAGGAGGCCACAGCAGUUGUGCCUCUUCCAGUGUAGUUUCCAUUUGGCUCACAUCCUUGUCCAGGAUCACAGUCUUGCCACCCUCCUAUUUCCCUGCUCCUUUGGGCAUGUCUUGGGAAUGGCUGCAUUUUCCAAGCUGAGCAGCCAUCAUCCCAUCUCCCGUGGACAUGGAUUCCCUGGGCUGGAUUCCCUGGCAGCCUUGGAGGGCUCAGGAACCAAACAGAAUCUCCUCCUCCCUGCCUGCACAACCCCUGGCUCCCUGACACUCUGCCCAGCCUGGACUCUGCCUGAAGGACUCAAUCCUCAGUGUUCUUUCUAGAUCUAAUUCCAGCAGGUCAACGCCCACUUUGCACACUAUCAUUGAAUUAUGGAGCCUUUGUGUGAACAGCUUUGGGGGGGAGUAAAUUGUACAUUUCCAUGUUUUUGCCUACUGGUAUUGACCCCCUCCUGGCAUGAUGGGCUAGAGGACGAAGGACAGGUUUUCUGCAGAGGAAGGGGUAGACAGUCAUUUUCAUUUUGCAGUUUAUCAAGAAAGAAGUAUGGGGGCCCUUAUUUAUUAUUUAAAAAUUUAAACCACAAAAGCACUGCUAGUUUACCGGUCUCUCCUCAUCUUCCGUAUCCCUAACUCUGAUUAAAUCAGUCCAGCCCUGAUUUGCUGAGUCUCCAGAGCAGACUUAGCCGGUGGGGCUGGAGCCUCAGAAUCCAUUGAGGCAGCAAGUUCCUCUCAGACAGUACAGAUUAAUCUCUAGCCCCCACACCCAGCCCAGCUACCUGGGCUGCAUCUUCCAUUCUCACUGCUAGCUCAGUGGGCCCACAUGGGGCCUCAGAUGUUUCCCUCCUUCCUUUCUACUGGAAAGGACUUGGCCUUGGGUGAUAAAUUCCUCUUUGAUGAAUGUACCCUAUGGGAAUGUUUCAUAAAGACAGAUUAUUUUAAUUUAUUCAAUGUCAUAUUUAAAAUAUUUAUUUUUUAUACUGAAGGAAUACUUUUUUUAAGAAAAAAGAGAAAUUAAUAAAGAAUCUGCUCUUGGCAAGUA